UUGAUUUUUUGUUGGGGGACAUUCAAUUCGAUCAGCCAACUGAGCAUUAAUGUUUAUGCCACACGGAGGAGCAACGGGACGCGAAAAACAAUAAAUGAAUCAAACUUCACGUCACUAAUGUGAUUGGUCAGUUUAAAUUCAAUAUAAAUUUAGUUCACGAUAGACAAAGGAAAUCUUGAUAUGGAAAAAUAACGCAGCACGUUAUUUAAAAGAAAAAGCAAAAAAAGAAGAGCAUGCAGAGAAAAAUAAAUCAGAUAUUUAAGAGGAAAUUCCAAAGUGAGGAUGAAGAUGUGCAGACAAACACUUCUGAAGGAGAGGAUGAAAAAGUGAAAAGUCGAAAUGCAAAUUGCAUUAAAGAACCCUCUGAGACACCAGGGCCAUCAAGCUCAGGUGACCCUUUUGUAUUGCCAGAGUAUCCUUCAAUCUGGACAAAAGAACAGUAUGAACAGUUUAAAGAGAAAAAUGAAUGGAUAUUUGCCAAAAACGGAAUGCUUGGCUGCCAAAAAUGCCACACUGUAAAAGAUCUCGGUGUUGCCUCAUCUCGGGGGGUAAAUAUUGCACCUAACUGGGUAGCAGGAAAGAUAUGCCCAUCUGGACACACAAGAAAUGUUCAGCUGUCGUCAUUGAGAAAAAAAAUACAUGAGCACAAAAACUCAGCAGCUCACAAAGAAGUUGUGAAAAUUUUAGAGACAGCGAAAAAAGACACUCUUGUAAACAUGAAUACCAAGAGUCAAGAUUUUGCCUUUGAGACAACUGCCAGGGUCUUCAGGACAGCCUAUUACGUGGCCAAGUACAAUAAACCAUUCACUGACUUUGAAAGUUUGAUUGAUCUACAGGAGACCAACUUAAUCAACAUGGGGAGAGUUUUACACAGCAAAACUGUGUGUGUUGAUAUUGUGGAUCACGUGGCUUCACAAAUGAAGAAAGAAAUUAUGACAAAAAUUAUACAAAAUAGGAGCAAGAUAACAGUAUUGGCUGAUGAAUCAACUAAUGUUGGUAACAAAUCAACGCUCAUUGUUUUUGUGAAAGCAAGUGUAGAUGGAGCUAUGGAACCUAUUUCUUUUCCCUUGGACCUUGUGGACCUGGACAGCCUAUGUGCUGCCCACAUCAAAGAAAAACUCAUAAACUGCCUGUUAAAAAAUGGUUUUACCAUGCAGUUGCUGCAAGAACUACUGAUAGGAUUUUGCAGUGAUGGGGCCAGUGUGAUGUUAGGGGUGAAGUCAGGAGUUGGAAAGUUGCUGAAAGACGACUUUCCAUCUAUUGUUCUCUGGCACUGUUUGAAUCACAGACUGGAGCUUGCUGUAGACCAGGCACUUGAUAAAACAGGGGGGACAAAAGAUUUCCAGGCCUUCCUUGACUCCCUUUAUUCACUUUACAGCCAAUCACCCAAGAACAUGAGAGAGCUCAGUGAGUGUGCGCACAAUCUGCACAUCACCCUUAAAAGGAUUGGUAGAGUAUUCAGCGUUCGCUGGGUGGCUUCAUCCUGGAGGGCAGUCAAUGCAGUGUGGCAGUCAUAUUCAGCCUUGGCACAACAUUUCCAGAAAGCAUCAGAGGACAACAGCAGAGACAGCAGAGAGAGAGCCAAGUUCAGUGGUCUGCUGUCUAAAACAGAAAAACUACUAUUCCAAAGGCCCAUGAGCUCAUGACCAACUACCUGAAGCGCAUUGAGAGCCUGAAAACCUACCCAGGAAAACACACUGUUGAAGCAGAGCAGGCCGAGCAGAAGAUGGAAUUUAAUGGACAUCAGUUAAAGGUGGGCAGGUCUCCCACCAUUGACUCUGCUCUCUUCAUAACUGCAGUGGUGGAGAGCAUGAAGGAAAGACUGUUUACAACAACAGCCAACAAAGCACAAAGUAGCGUGACAGCUGACCGCAAAGAGGCUUACUACAGCCUUAUCAAUCAGAUGGCAGUCCUUCACCCAGAAAACUGGGAUCAAGACAAUCCUCGAUUUGGAGAAGAGGAAGUCAGAACUUUGUGUGAACGUCUCAACAUCAAUGAGCAAGAGGCCCAUCUUGGGUACGUUGAGUUCAAGGCUAGUGGAGGGAGAAGCAUUCCUCCUCCAUUAAAAAAAUUACUUCUGGCAGUGGACACACUCUCAGCCAGUAAUGCAGAUUGUGAAAGAGGGUUUAGUACCAUGAAUAACAUAAUGACUGACCUCAGAGGCACCAUGACGACAAAAAAUGU